ACCCCUUUCUUCUUCGCCCUCUCACCGGGAGGGAGAACGAAGCCUUUAUUGCAGUCCUUCCUCCCCGUCUCCCCCAUCUCUACCCUUUCACGAAACCCUAACAUCACCCCCAUUUCACAGCCCGGAUUUUUGGGAAAUCGACUCCGACCUCUUGUUAGCGCUACCAGAUCGAUCCCCCGUUCUGGAUUAGCUCUUCCAGAUCGAUUGAUUUCCUCGUCUGGUCUCUCCGCGGAUGGCGGUGCUGGAGGACCUGAUACGGUCGAUUGAGUUGUGCUUGAGGUUGGUCAAGAAGCAGCAGCCGCUCGUGGACCCUAAUCUUGAUCCCGUGCUGCUGGUUCCCGGGAUCGCCGGGUCGAUACUGAACGCCGUUGAUGAUAAUGGUAAGGAGGAACGGGUGUGGGUGCGGAUUCUUGGUGCCGAUCAUGAGUUCCGGGCGAAGGUCUGGUCGCAGUUUGAUCCCGCCACUGGGAAGACAAUUUCACUUGAUGAAAAAUCAAGAAUUAUGGUUCCUGAAGAUAGAUAUGGACUAUAUGCAAUUGAUUGUUUGGACCCAGACAUGAUUGUGGGACGGGAUGGGGUUUGCUAUUAUCACGACAUGAUAGAGCAGAUGAUAACGUGGGGUUACCAAGAGGGCACAACCCUUUUUGGGUUUGGAUAUGAUUUUCGACAGAGUAAUAGGCUUCAAGAAACUCUAGAUAGCUUAUCUGCAAAGCUAGAAUCGGUAUAUGUGUCAUCCGGUGGAAAGAAGAUGAAUAUUAUAACCCACUCAAUGGGAGGGCUGCUUGUGAAGUGUUUCAUGUGCCUUCACAGUGAUAUUUUUGAGAAAUAUGUGAAGAGCUGGAUUGCAAUUGCUGCACCAUUUCAAGGUGCACCUGGAUAUAUAACAACUGGUCUCUUGAAUGGUAUGUCCUUCGUGGAAGGGUGGGAGGGAAACUUUUUCAUCACCAAAUGGAGCAUGCAACAACUGCUUAUUGAAUGCCCAUCCAUUUAUGAGUUGAUGGCCUGUCCCAACUUUUGUUGGGAAGAUGUUCCUCUUUUGCAAAUGUGGAGACAGAAGCAUGAUGGUUCUGGAAAAUCCAGUAUUCUGCUGGAGUCAUAUGAGCCUCUAGAAGCUAUAACUUUGAUGAACGAGGCUCUUGCAAAAAAUACGGUUGCUUAUGGAAGCAUGCAGGUUCCUUUACUGUUGAAUUUAGAAAUUCUGAAAUGGGCCAAUGAAACUCAUGAAAUUUUAUCUCGUGCUAAGCUUCCGGAUGCAGUAAAAUUUUACAAUAUAUAUGGGAUUCAUAAUGACACACCACAUAGCAUCUGUUAUGGGAAUCAGGAAUCACCAAUUUCAGACACAGAGCAACUUGUUUCUGCACAGCCUAAGUAUAUUUGCGUUAAUGGUGAUGGAACAGUUCCUGCCGAAUCAGCAAAGGCCGAUGGGCUCAAUGCAGCAGCAAGAGUUGGAGUUCCUGCUGAUCAUCGAGGAAUAAUAUGCGACCGACAUGUUUUCAGAAUAUUGAAGCACUGGCUGAAGGCAGGAGAGCCAGAUCCUUUCUACAAUGCUCUCAAUGAUUAUGUAAUUUUGCCCACAGCAUUCGAGAUCGAGAGGCAUACAGAGAAAAGCAUGCAGGUAGCUGCUCUGAAGGAAGAAUGGGAGAUCAUAUCAACCGUCGCCGACGAAGAUAAUAAACCAGCUGAUCUUCCACCUAUGGUGGGCUCAUUAUCAGUGUCUUGCGGUAACAAUGUGCAAUCAAUGGAGAAGGCCGAGGCUACUGUUCUUGUGCACCCUCAAAGCAAAGGCCGACAGCAUGUUGAAGUCAGAGCAGUCAGUGUAACCAUGGGUGCAUUGUAAUAUAAAAUGCCAUGUAUAUAAAACUUGUUCUAACAUUCUAGAACAAACAAUGUACAGUGUAAAUAGUUACUGUAUCGACGCACCUUACCUAUCAGAUAUAUGUGCAGGAAGUAUACGCCUAUUGAUCAAAAUAAAAUCAUGUACAUAGUAGAAGCCGUUUGAUGUUUA